AUGAAUCAACCAGAAACUCCGCAGAUGUGUGCUAAUGGCUGUGGGUUCUUCGGAUCAUCGGCGACUCACAACCUCUGUUCCAAGUGCUACAAAGAUUACCUCAAAGAAGAGUUGGCUAAGUCAGGCAACAUAAUAUGCAUGGAAAAACCAAAGCUCUCCUCCGCCACCUCCUCAUCAACAGCACAACUAUGUUUAUGUCCUCAUGAUCAUGAUGGUACUGUGAAUAACUCGGUGGGUGAUUUGAGAGCAGAGAAGAAGAAGAAGAAGAAUCGAUGUCAGUGUUGUCAGAAACGAGUUGGAGUGACAGGAUUCGGGUGUAGGUGUGGAGGCAUGUUCUGUGGUAUGCACAGAUACCCGGAAACACAUUCCUGCACUUUCGACUACAAGUGUGCCGGUCGCGUUGCUUUGGCCAAGCAAAAUCCACUCUGUGCCGGUGAUAAGUUGGAGAACAGGAUAUGAACAGUAUGUUUUUUUUUUUUUUUUUUUUUUUUUUUUCAUGUUUUUGUAGUUUGUAUACAAUAGGUCUGAAUAAUAUUGUCAAUUUUAUAAAAGAUUGUUCUCUGUUUUUUAAUAAUAAACUUUUAGUGUUAUUUGUCACAAUGGAUACCCAUUUUGUUCUCUGUUUUCUUUUGUUUUUGAUUUCUGAAUCAAUUAUUUCAAUAAUUAGGGUUGAGCGGGUCGGGAAAGUCGGGUAUUUAACUAUGUGGUAAUUUUGAAUUUCUGCAGACUGGAUGGAA